CUGCCUUCCCCCAUCUACAUCCUUAUUCCCCUUUCUAAUUACCAAAGCCACCACGAAACCAAGACAAGCAACCCAGCAGGCCUUGCACAGUUCUGCCGAAACCUACAAUGGACGACUCCUUGGAGGACCUCUGCCUCGGCAUGAUCGAAGAAUGUAAUUAUGAUGUGAUCCAGGAUAUUAUGCUCAAAUCGGAGUCGAACAUGAACCUCAUCAAGUCACACGAGCAGUCCAUUGCUAAGGCUAGAAUCUGCCGUAUCAUCAAAACCGCACAGCUCCGGCCGCCCCUCGGGGCCGUCAUUUCGUCCAGCGAUGAGAAGCGCUCUGUUCUAGGGCCGACAAAUUUGGAGGUUGUCCGGGAACUUGAACUCCGGCAUGCCUUCUUCAAAAGGCUCCUCGACACCAAAAAAAGAGACACCGUCCUGAUCCUCUUUUUCCCCGUCCUCACGGGCCUCUUGAUGUGCGAGAUGACAUCGAUGCUGGCAAUCCUCUUCGUCAUUCGCUUCGAGGAGGCUCUGCAGCUCAUGGACCGCAUUCUGGACUGCGCGGCCACGAUCCGACACGAGUUCGCGCUUGACCCGACACCACCCUAUCCGGGUUUCGACGCACGCGGGCUCGACCGAGUCAUCCACAGGGCUCGCCAGAAGCUGAUCGCCGCCUUGAGCCCUCUAGAUCUGGCCUUCCUCUGCCUGAUUCCCGACCUCGUCGACGAGACGGCCGGGCUUAUCGGGGAUGACACCGAGACGACUUACAUCGGCGGGAUCGACGGUGAGAUGCUGCUCCAGAACGGCACCAUGGGCGUGUACCACGCGCUGAUUCCGGACGAGUCUCACACCAUGGCCCUCCUGGAGGCAAGGUUCGCCGGGGCUGUCAAGGUGAUGCAAUGGGAUACGGGUAUGAAGUCGGAAGCGCCCGACUGGCCUGCCGGCCGCGCGCUGGAGCCUCUGGCGCGCGUCGUGCGCAGGACGUUUGCGGAGAAGCUACCGACUCUUCCCCAGCAGCAUCUCGACGCGCUGGAAGAGGCCAUAGCCGACGAAGACGUUAACGCGGGCCGGCGCGUUGCGGCCAUCCCGGAAUACUGGCUCAUCGGUCGCUGGCUUACGACGAGGGACACAACCCUGGAAGAACGACCGCCGAUCCCACAGGAGUCCUGGAAGGAGUGGUUUGACUGGGCUGCGACCCAGGACCCGUCGCUCGCGGAACCCGAGGUCUUGCCUGAGCGCGACGAACCUGACUCUGACGACGAGCUCCGGGCUUUUCUCUCGACCGCCAUGGAUGCAUGGGAUACUGAGACUUAGCAUGUAAUACCAUCAAAUAACAUUGUAC